AAGCUUUCACACACUUUCGUCAAGUUGGCUUUAAGUUCGUGUCUUAACUCUUUUAUUUCUUGGUUGCACUGUAUGCAAAUGCCGCAAAGUAUGCAACAAUAAACUUAACCGCAAAGCAAAGUUAAUUUGUAUCUUUCGUCUUAAGCAAAACCAUUUGAACAUACAAACGAAACAAUGACAAACUCAGCACGAGUUCAAGAAAAGAAAAGUUACUAAAAAUUGGUCGAAUUUAGUGAAUCUGCUGCAGCAUGGAAAACCGAAAAUCUUUUUGCGGUCUAAUAAACGGCGCCAAGAGAGAAUUCGCCUACAUAGCUAUUUACAAAGUAUAAGUAUAAGUAUUUUUUUUUUUUGUUUUACAAAAAGGCUAUGUCGAAUAGGAAAUUCAUCUUUAAUGGUCACGCACGUUCGCUCUGCUUUGCCACUUAUUGCAUUUGUUUCAGGUCUGUGUGGAUGCUGAACAAGUAAAUGCAACAGCUUAGAACGAGCUGCUAGUUUACAAAUAAAAUUGCAGCUCUUUCAAGGUGGAGGCUAUGGCUAAAAAUGCGGCUGCUGCUUCAAAAUAUGUACAUUUGUAUACAUGUAUAUGUGCUGGGAUGUAUGUACAAUUGGUUGCUUUCAUUGCUUUCACGAAAGCGCAGCUCUACUGGCCAGCCGUCUCACUAAUUGGCGUGAUAUUUAGACUAAAACAAAGAGAUGUUUUUCAAUUUUUCAGCAGGCGCUUGACAUGCAGCCAUUCCAGGCGCAAUUAAGCAUCAAGAAACUUGGCUAGGAGGUAUAUAAUGCCUAAGAUGCAACUGCCAGCACUCAGUCGAUCAUCAAAAGUGCAGCCACAGUGCCAGUACCCGCCCCAGCCGUAGUUUCAUUCAACAUUUUGGCCGCUGCAUGCCAUUCAGGAUAGCCGUAGGAAUCACUUCGAUCGAAUCCCACCAGCCCAGAUAUGAUUAAAUACGUGUGGCAUGUGGCAGCUCUGAUGAUUGUCUUCUGUUGGCUGUCAAGUGCGCGUAGUGCCAGUUAUCAGCAGCAGCAAUUGAAUAGCCUGGUCAUGGAUCAGAAGCCUCAACAGCAACAGAAUCGGAUACAGCAGGCAUCGAGUGUCACUAGUCCGGUUAGCUUUUGGAAGGACAUGUCGCUGAUUUAUCGCAUAUAUCAGCAAUGUACUGGUGAAAAUAUGUCCGUUUGUCUAAAGGUGAAACUACUAACUGGCCUGGAAAAGGCUUUCCGUUCGGCAAAAUCCUUGACCCUCUUCGAGGGUGUUCAGUUUGUGAGCAGCAGUCCGGACAAUCAGCAGCGAUCCAAGCUGCCAUCGAUCAGCGAACAGGAUAUUGAGGCUGUACUGCCGCGUGGAGUAGAUGCCAAGGAGCAGGUUCUGAAUAGCAUGAUUAUGAAGCGGGUUGGCAACUUUCUGCAAGAUCACACUCUACAGAUUAAAUUCCCUGAUCUACGCGACACGGAUAGCAACUCUGUAGAGGGACGUAAGAAGAAGGAUAAAAAGGGCAGUGGAGCUUAUAUAAUGAUUCCCUUGCUGCUUGGCGGCACAUUUGUGCCAAUUGCCUAUGGAGCCUUGGCUAUGCUGGCCGGUAAGGCCUUGAUUGUCUCUAAAUUGGCGCUGGUAUUGGCAUCCAUAAUUGGCAUCAAGAAACUAUUGAGUGGCGGCGGCGGAGGCAAGGAAUCCUCUCAUGAAGUUGUUGUCUCCUCUGGCGGCCAUUCGGGCUGGGGUCGGGACUUUGAUAUGGCCUACAGCGGCUGGAAGCCGGCAAAGGAUUCGGCGGGUAGCGGCAAAAGCUUGUAAACCCACCACGCGAACCCCCUCCGCCUGACCCUGCAAAGUGAUCCAAUGAUGAUUCCAGCCGAGCCUGCAUUUGCAUUUGGAGACGACAAAGAGAAGAAGCCAACCAAAGAACCGAUUGCCGCAUAAACUGUCUGACUUGAAUGUCUAGAUUAAUUUGCCUAAUCGAUAAAUUAUAACAUAAUAACAAACUAAAUGUGUGUGUUAGGUUUAAGUAAGCGCUAAAUUAAAUAUAGUUAAUUCUGCUUUAAA